GAGGGGGAACUAAAUGCGCGUAAAAGUUACCCACUGUACUCCUCCUCCUCGUCCAUGAGGCUGAUUUGGCUCCAGAUAUAAACACAGAGCUCCUCUCUGUCCCCGCUGCGCUCCUCAAUCUCCUAACAACCGGCAGCCAGUUUGCUCCCGGAGACCGAAAAACUGAGAAAAAAAGCAGAAGGGGACGAACUCUGGCGCAUUCCCCAGGAUGGAGCUAUAAAAGACAAGGUGGACUUCUAUGGAAUGGGAGGCCUGUCCGAGUCUUUCCACACAGUUUUCCUGCAGGGUUAGCUCACAGAAGGAUUCUCCAUCCAAGCCAUCUGUGGCUGAGCUCGCUGGAAGGUUCAAAGGUCAUAUUCUACCGAUGCCCACCUCAAAUGACGAGUUGCCAUUUUGUAGAAGACCUCCGUGUUCCCUGAAGCUGUCAAACCAAAAAGAUGAUAAUGAAGAAUCAGAUAAAACCAGCGUCUCUCCAAAACCCUUUAAAAUCAAAAUGAAGAACUCACCCAUCAUUGAGAAACUGCAGGCCAACCUUGCUCUGUCCCCCACCGCUCUGGUGCCUUCGCCCAAGAGUUCCGAGGUGAAGCUGCAGCCGGCGCCGCUGUCUCCCACCACACCUUGCAGCCCGCCGACCCCACUGAGUCCCACCCUGCGGCCCUCACAGCAGUCCAGUGAAGAGGAGGAUCCUGUCAGCUUCGACAGCCCUCCUGAAGGCGCCCCGCUGCCUAGCAUCAAUAAGACUCGUGCACGGCUAUCAUUCAAGAGGCGCCCGCCCACAAGACAGCACAGGAGGUCAGCUGGAGAGGAGGCGGGAGCCUUCAAGAGUGGCCUGUCCCUAUGUGAACUGCACAGCCCAAAAGAAAAUGGGGACAGGGACCUGGUUUUAGACAGCCCAGAAGAGGAAGCCGAAUAUGGCCAGCUGACCAGUCUGAAAGAAGCUGAGGAGAAGGACAGGGACUGUGAAAAGACAGAGAAAGAGGUAGCAAAGAAUGAUCCAGAUGACAGGGAAGAUCCGGAGGAGGAGCAGGCAGCAGAACAAGCCCAGACUUUGGAGCAGGAACAGCAGCCUUUGGAGCCUUGUCCUGCUGAGCAGACAGAGGGUGACUUUGAGAAAGAAGAGGAGCAGGAGGAGAUGCCAAGACGCACCAAGGAGGAAAUUAAAGGGUGUGAACUGUGAAUGUUUACGUCAAGAAAAACAAAAAAUCUAUGAAUAAGUUAUUCAGUGCUUUGAUUAAGAGAACUCUUUGAAAAUACUUUUUGUAAAGAGUUAAUCUGUUUUAAAGUUCUUGGUAUCUACCUGCUCUGUUUUAUGUCCCUCUGUCGCCCUCUCCUGGCCUUCCAUAGAACAGGUCUAUAAACACUGGAGAGAGCCCUCUAGUCAAGGAAACAGCUGUUUUCCGCAGAUGGAAGGCAGAAGAAAAUUUGCUUUAUGUUGUAUCAAGUCUGCAUGACCAGAUUCCUAUUUUUAUGACAGAUAGCAUUUUUUUUUUCUGAGAUUUGACACGAGAUUGCUAAGAGUGCAUUUCCAUGUCAGAUGUCACUGUCAUGUACACAGGACUUUGAAAAUACUGAAUGCUGGGUUAACAUAAGACUGAAAUAUUAUAGACAUCAUGUAUAUGUUAUAGCAGAUAUAUAAAAUGUUCUGGCAUCAUAACAAAUCACUCUCACUGAAAUUAUGUACUUUUGCUUGGCUAGUUUUCUUUUGAUGUAUAUGUCGACAUACUUCUCUGCUUGUCUUUAAUUUUGGAUACCUUAUAAAAUAUUGAAAUCACAGUGCUACUGUGGAGUGGCUCAGGUCCUCGGAUAUGAUGCACAGAGAUGUUAAGAAAAUAAACAGCUUCCUUCGUAUGUAAAGAAAAA